UAAGGCACUAGCCUGUCAGAAAACCCUACAGUGCAUGACUCGUUGAUGGAGAGGGUGAAGUGGUACUACACCCCCACAUUCUCAAUUGGCUGGCUGGACUGCGCGCAGCCGUGCUUUUGUCUUUGUCCUCUCCACCUUUCCUCUUUUGCUCCUGCCGGAAGCCUCGCUCUUUUUCUCCUCCCCUCCCUCUGGAAUUCAGCGGUGCAAAGGGGCCCUCGCAUUCUUCCCACGCCGAAAGCGUCCCGAGUCCAAGUGACUUCAGCUUCGCUUGGUUCUAAGUUAGUGGCUGUCUUCAGGCAUACACAAUGGCAGAUAAGAGUCCAGUCCAGAAUCUCUGUGAUGAAAUGAAGUGUCCCAUCUGUCUGGAGUAUUUCAGUGUUCCAGUGAAUAUAGAAUGUGGGCACAUUUUCUGCCGAGCCUGCAUCACCCAGUUCUGGGAGAAGUCUCCCACAGAUGCUUCCUGCCCUCAGUGCCGAGUGACUUGCCAUCAAAGGAAUUUCAGGCCGAUCCGGCAACUGGCGAGUAUUGUGGAAAUAGCCAAGAAAUUCAGCCUUCAGAUGGACAAAAGGGCAGACACAUUGGGAAAAGUUUGUGAGAGGCACCAGGAACCCUUGAAACUCUUCUGUGAAAAUGAUCAAGCCCUCAUCUGUGUGGUGUGUGACAAAUCCAGAGAGCACAGGCAGCACAAUGUGAUUCCGAAAGAGGAGGCUUCCAUAGAGGAUAAGGAUGAAAUUCAGAACCAUUUGGAAUUUCUGAACAAGGAGAGAGAAACAAUUAUUUCUUCUAAAUUAAGUGCAGAGACUCAAAACCAAAUCCUGCUGGCCUCUCGUCAGCCGCUUUUAGACAGCAUGGGUGACAUCGCCGAGACAAGGCAGAAAGGCACUCGAGGACUCUCUUGGCGACAUAAAGAGGUUAUCGAUCUCAUAUCGAUCUGGGGUGAGAAGGAGGUGUUGAGCAGACUUCGGGGCAGCCACCGCAACAUUGACACAUAUGAAUAUAUUGCUAGCAAGAUGUGCGAGAAGGGACACAAGAGGACGGCCCUGGAGUGCAGGACAAAGGUGAAGACACUCAAGCAUAUUUACAAGACUGUCAGGGUGCACAACUCAAUCUCGGGACAUGAGCCCACCACGUGCCCCUUCUACGAGGAGCUCGAUGUCUUCCUCCACAACGAUGCCAGCAUCAUGGCGCGUCGGGUGGUGAGCAGCAUUCGCCUCGAGUACCAGCAGCCGGCUUCCAGCCCAUGGCAGGAGGGGGAAUUCGAGCACCAUGAUCUGUCCACUAUGAACGCAGCUGACUACCUCAGCCCUGAGCAGGUGCCCGAUUGCAAGAGGGAGGAGGUAGCAGAGGAUCACGCUGAAGAAACCCCGAUGGAGCAAGAUGCCUCAGUCAUGACGGCCCAAACAGGAUGCAAAGGUGGUGAAGAGAGGGAUGAAGAGCCUGCACAGCCAUCAACCUCGCAUGGCACCCACAGCACCCACACGCAGCCUCCUCGGCCUCAAGACACCCCCUCAAGGACUACACGCCAAACUACCUCAAAGAGAAAUCAUGGCAUUCCCACCCAGCCUCAUGGACCUGGACAGAAUGCAAGGCAAGGCAGCACGGGCGGCAUGGCUGAGACAAGGCAGAAGGGCACUCGGGGGGUUUCCUGGCGACAUAAAGAGGUUAUCGAUCUCAUAUCGAUCUGGAGAGAGAAGGAUGUGCUGAGCAAACUUCGGGGCAGCCACCGCAACAUCGAAACAUAUGAAUAUAUUGCUAGCAAGAUGUGCGAGAAGGGACACAAGAGGACGGCCCUGGAAUGCAGGACGAAGGUGAAGACACUCAAGCAUAUUUACAAGACUGUCAGGGUGCACAACUCAAUCUCGGGACAUGAGCCCACCACGUGCCCCUUCUAUGAGGAGCUCGAUGUCUUCCUCCACAACGAUGCCAGCAUCAUGGCGCGUCAGGGGGUGAGCACCAUGCGGCUCGGGUACCAGCAGCCGGCUACCAGCCCAAGGCAGGAGUGGGGUAUUGAGCCCCCUGAUCUGGCUUCUAUGAAUGCAGCAGACUACCUGGGGCCCGAGAGGGUGCCAGGUUGCAAGAGGGAGGAGGUAGCGGUGGAGGACACUGAAGAAACCGCAGUGGAGCCAGAUGCCUCAAUCUUGACGCCCAACACAGGAUGUGAAGCUGAUGAAGAGAGUAAUGAAGAGCCUUCAUGGCAAUCGAUGCCACACGGUACACGCAGGGCCCUCACGCAGACCUCUCGGCUUCAAGGCACCCCCUCCAGGACUGCACACCAAAAUACCUCUAUGGGAAAUCAUGUCGCUCCCACCCGGCCUCGUGGACCUGGACAGCGUGCACGGCAUGGUUCCCGGUUGGCGCAAUCUCCAACAACACGCUUCAUCCUUAUGAGGCGCAAGAGACGCCGCACAGAAAGACUCGAGGAUUUGGUCCGCACGUUCAUUGGGGACUUCAGGAGCCAGGCCGAGGCGAACAGCAGGUACCAGGAGCAGUCGGCCAGGUACCAGGAGCAGUCGGCCAGGUACCAGGAGCGAAUGCUGACGCUGGCGGAGGAAGAGAGCACUCAUCUCCGCCGGGCCAUGGAUCGGAAUUGUCGGGUUCUGGAGGGCCUCAUGAGUGGGCUCUCGCGCCUCCAGGACCGCUUCCUGGCAGCCACAGCAGGCGGCCUGCAUGCCAGUGGGCAUCUGUGUCCCCCUGCCAGUCCAGGCCGAAGCAUUGCAUCCUGCAGCGCCAGUGGAAGGCAAGAAGAAGACUGCCCCCGGCUGCACGAGCUCGUCCCCCUGCCCGAGAGAAGCCCCCACCCCGCAGCGUCACUGGCUCUCCUCGCUGCGGACACCGUGCGGCAGUCUCCUAGCCCCGGCCCCAGCCCCAGCCAUCUGGAUGAUUCUUCAGACAGUGAUACUGAGGUUUCCCAGGAAGAUGCUGAAGGGGUUGUUGGCGAGGGGCAGGAAUUGGAUCCAUGCUCCCAGCAGUGCUGCCCUCCAUCCCAGUCGCUGCUUGCCCAGAGGAGCAGGCGGCCCACUCGCCGGAGGAUCCCGUAUUCCCCUUAGGCCCUGGGAUGCUUAUCCAAGCUCCAAAAAACCUCAUCUUUUUCUAAUUCUUUUUCUAGUUACUCUUGCUGAGUUCUUCUACAGUUGAUAUUGUUCCACAGCAUUUCUGCUUAAAUCAAGUUUAGCACUAAACAGAGGAGCACACGGAGUUCUUUUCCGCUGGGGCCAUGAGUUGGCUGCUGUAGCAGUGCUUUCCCUGUAGAUGGCACCAGAGAGGUGGGGAGAAAUGAAGCCUGGACACUUGCUGGAUGGCACAGAUGGGGGAGGGCUGUGGGUGCUUGCCUAGAGCUGCCUGCGCUGCCACUAACAUAUAUAUGCUGCUCCUCAACCAGAGCUCAAGAAAUUGGCCCACAGGGAGUAAUAAACGAAUCGAUGUCCCAUUGUCAGUGGCCGGUCACACCCCGGCAGCAACUUGCAGUCCCUGUUGAAGAACAAAUGUGUGAAUUAUGCAGUUUGGCCUAGCUGAUUCGGGUGCUUUUGAGACAGAACAAAUCGCCUCUGUGGUCCAUUGGCUAGAUUUGGGUCCAGAUCGAAUCGCUCGACAUUAGAUUUGGAUUCCUCUGAUUAAUUUAACCAGAUUCCCAGCUCUCACUUUAAAAGAAGAAGAAGCAACUAAGCUCCUGGCCCUUGUAGCAAUGGAGUUAUGGAGCAAAAUGUUUCGUCAGUAUUUUUCAAGUGUUUGGAUUCUUUGAUGUUUGGAUUCUUCUUUGAUUCUCCUUCCUUAAGGACUCCCUAGUAGGAUUCAUUACUCACCUUUGUUUCUUCUAUUCAUUUUGACUGUCUUUGAACAGUGUCAACUGAACAUACUCACUUUAUGUUCUAGGAAUUUUUUCCUUAGACUCUUUAGUGUCUAAUAACCUUUCCUCAUAAUGAAUCCCUAUGAGGAUUCAUUACACACCAAAGAUUCUAAGCACCUCAAAAAUUCCUAAAAUAUAAACGGAGUACCCAGUGGCUUGUGGGAGGUAGUUGGCAGAUGGGAUGCCACUAAUUCCCCACCUGCAAAGCAGUGGGGUCAGAAUGAACAGAAAAAAUAAGUGCAAUGAAGACACCAAAGAAUUUAAACACUUCAAAAAUUCUUAAUAAAUAAACUGCAUACGUACGUGUGUGUGUGUGUGUGUGCGCGUGUGCAUGCACGCGCGUGGGGGGGUGUAGUUGGCACUGUCCAAUGACAGACAAAAUGAAUAGAAGAAACUAAGGUGUGCAAUGAAUCCUCCUAGGGAUUCAUUGAGGAAAAGUUAUUAUACGCCAAAGAAUCCAAAAACUGGAAAAAUACUGACGAAACAUUUUGCUUUAUAACUCCACUGCUAGAAGGGCCAGAACUUCACGGGUUAAAAAACCCCAAAAAAACUGAGAGCUGGGAAUCUGGUAAAUUAAUUGGAGGAAUCCGAAUCUAAAGUGGCAUGAUUUGAUCUGGUCUCGAAUCUAGCCAAUGGGACCACAGGGACCAGAACUCUCCAAAGAGCCUGAAUCUAACUGCGCCUUGCAGUCCUCAAGGGCUGCUGGGCCAAACGGUCAGUCCCAGCGGCUGCUCCUGCUCCACCCGCCACCACUACCACAGAGGUGAGGGAAGCCUGCUUAGCUCACCCAACCCCGGCUGUGCACAUGGCGGCUAGAAUUAGUGAAGUUUUCGGUGCUGUGGGGCGGGGGUGGGCUGACAGCAGGAGGCCCCCCUAGGCCUUGGAAGCCACGGACCGAGGCCCCAAGGAUUGGGGGGGUAAGAUCAUCUCUGUGUGUCUCAAAUCUAUCCUGCUGUAACAUGGACUCUAACAAUCUUGUGUAAAAUUUGUCUGCUAUUUCUGCUUAAGAAUUCUCUGACAAGGAUUCACUGAAUGUCUUAGCCUAGUCAUUUACAUUGGAGCCAAAGUGUUCCUUAACAUAAAAUGGGAUGAAUAUGGCUGUAGUAAUAUAUGAACUGAGGACUUCUGCAAUUGCUUUUAUAGUCUCUACAAUCCACCAGUUUUACACUGCUGUGGUGCAGUGAAAGAGAUCCAGGUAUUAUGCUUUCAGUGAGUAACAAUUACAGUUCAGUAAGAAUAAAAAUAGACUAUUGCUGUGUA